AUGCCAAGUGUGAUGAGAACUAUCGUCGUCCUGACCACUUUGCUACUCGCUACCGCCUUCUCAGAGAUUCGCACUGAGAACGGCGCCUCGGUCCGAGCAAAGCGCUAUGUGAAUUUCAGCCUUCUGCGACCUUACGUGUCUUCCUCGAAAAACGAUCAAUCGGAAAGGUUAGGAAAGCGAACAUGGCCUAUCAUUCUGCAAACGCGAGAGUCACGUAACAAACUCAACUGCAUUCUCAACCUGCGAAGCUUCGAGCUGUGCCGGGCGCGAUUCUGA